UCCCGGAAGUGAAAGGGAGAGGCGCUGCCAUGGCGGCGUCUCUGGGGCAGGUGAUCGCCCUGGUGCUGGUGGCCGCUCUGUGGGGCGGCACCCAGCCGCUGCUGAAGCGGGCCUCCUCCGGCCUGCAGCAGGUUGAGGAGCGGACGUGGGCCCGGCAGUUGCUGCAGGAGAUGAGGAGUCUCUUCCUGAAUACUGAGUACCUGAUACCCUUUUUCCUCAACCAGUGUGGCUCCCUUCUCUACUACCUCACUUUGGGAUCAACAGAUCUGACCCUAGCUGUGCCUAUCAGUAACUCCUUGGCCAUCGUCUUCACACUGAUUGUUGGGAAGGCCCUUGGAGAAGAUAUUGGUGGAAAGCAAGCAUUUGUAGGCAUGGUGCUCACCGUGACAGGAAUUGCACUCUGCAUCACAAGCUCAGCGAGCAAGACACAGGAGCACCCAUCAACUCUUUGAAUGGACCAAAGCCACUCUCCAGCUCUGCUGUCUCCAGGAGCCCUGCUGGCCAUAAGGUGCAGACAGUGAGCUGUUGGCCUAACACUUCCCACCACAGAACCUCAGUUUCCUCAUCCCUCAUGAAGAUAAUAGCUACCUCAUGGAUCAAAAUGACAAGUGAAAGGGUUUUAUAAUUUCCAAAAGCUGUUCAACCCUCAGCAACAUUCCUGCUUCAGCAACUGUCUCCCUACUGUCUUGUCUGGUCCACAGCCCAGGCACCAUGACUGAGGCAUGGCUGAGGCAUUACUGGACUAUCACAGUGGCAGGGUGGAUGGACAGCAGAAGCCUCGCUGCACAGAGAGGUGAGCUAUAGCCUCUGAAUCAGGACUGUAAACUAGAGGCCUCCAAGCUUCAGUCAGAGAGCUGUGGCUGACCGGGCAUGUGGCAGGAUAUGGAUAGACUAGGGGAGGGGAUGCAGCAGAGUCACAGAUGUAAAAGAGAUGCCCUGGGAGUCGGGCGGUAGCGCAGCAGGUUAAGCGCAUGUGGCGCAAAGUGCAAGGACCGGCGUGAGGAUCCCGGUUAGAGCCCCUGGCUCCCCACCUGCAGGGGAGUCGCUUCACAGGCAGUGAAGCAGGUCUGCAGGUGUCUUUAUCUCCCCUUCUUGGUCUUCCCCUCCUCUCUCCAUUUCUCUCUGUCCUAUCCAAAAAUGAUGACAUCAGUAUCAACAAUAAUAAAACAACAAGGGCAACAAAAAGGAAUUAAAUAUUUUAGAUUUUAAAAAAAAAUAAAAUAAAGGGAGCAGGUGGUAGUGCAGCAGGUUAAGCACAGGUGGUGCAAAGCUCAAGGACCAGCGUAAGGAUCCUGGUUCGAGCCCCCAGAUCCCCAUCUGCAGGGGAGUCGCUUAAUAGGCUGUGAAGCAGGUCUGCAGGUGUCUAUCUUUCUCUCCCCCUGUCUGUCUUCCCCUCCUCUCUCGAUUUCUCUCUGCUCUAUCUGACAACGACAGCAAUAACAACAUUAACUACAACAAUAAAACAAGAACAAGGGCAACAAAAGGAAA